CAUGAUUUGGGGUUUUCCCUGGCGACAACGUGACAUGACGCGCCAUCCGUGACGUCACGCCGCAUGCGGAAGUGAACGCAAACAGUCGCUCCAUCAUUCUCGUCGAAACCGACUUCUCAUCCGCGUCUCAAGGGGAUCUCAACUAGCUCCAUCAUGCUUGGUGGAGGAUUUAAAUCAGAGAGGCUUCGGGUUAACCUCAGGCUGGUCAUAAACCGCCUUAAACUUCUUGAGAAGAAAAAGACUGAGUUAGCCCAAAAGGCUCGUAAGGAAAUUGCAGACUACUUGUCAGCGGGUAAAGAUGAGCGUGCGAGGAUCAGAGUGGAACACAUCAUCAGAGAAGAUUACCUGGUGGAGGCCAUGGAGAUCCUGGAGUUAUACUGUGAUCUGCUGCUCACACGUUUUGGUUUAAUACAGUCAAUGAAAGAGCUCGAUCCUGGUCUACAGGAAGCAGUGUCCACUCUCAUCUGGGCGGCUCCCCGUCUCCAAGCAGAAGUUGCAGAACUGAAAAUCGUUUCAGAUCAGCUGUGUAACAAAUACAGCAAGGAGUACGGAAAGCUGUGCAGGACGAAUCAGAUCGGGACUGUUAAUGAUAGGCUUAUGCACAAACUGAGCGUGGAGGCCCCACCGAAGAUUUUGGUUGAACGUUACCUCAUCGAGAUCGCCAAAAACUACAACGUUCCCUAUGAACCUGAUGCCAUGGUUCGGCCAGAAGUGUGUCCGGGAGAAGAGGCCGAUCUGAUCGAUGUGGACAGUGACUUCAAGAAGCCCGGCGGUGGUGGAGGAGGUGGUGGAGGUGGUUUUACCGCCCCUCAUGCGGCUAUGCCCAUGCCUAUGCCCAUGCCAAUGCCCACCGCUUUUAGCUACCCUCCACCUAGAGGAGCUGAGCCCUUCAAUGGUCCGGUUGGCACCUAUGAUGGCUUUAGCAACUUUCAGCCUCCAGUGAGAGGAGGGCAGCCACCACAACUCCCCAGCUGCCCUCCCACCUAUGAGUCUAUCGAUGAUUUGUCAAUCAAACCCUCUGAUCCUUCCCAGGUGAUCCCAGGCCCAGUCCCAUCCGGUCAAAUCUAUGACAACUCCACCCUUCCCGAGCUUCCGUCUGUUCCCGAUACGCUCCCGACAUCCUCGUUCGGAGGGAACGCCAACACGUCAGACGACAUCGACUUUGACGAUCUGUCCCGACGCUUUGAAGAGCUCAAGAAGAAGACCUAAUUAUCCAGAUCUCAUCUGGGGUCGGGAGAUCCUCCUCCAAACCUUCAGCUGCCACACAAGACUUAACUCUUCUCAUUGUUUCCUGUCUGUAUUCACACGCUGUUGUCUAUACUUCUGGUGGAGGUGUAACAUAAUAUAUUACCUAACAGAAUGAAGGAUCUGACACACUAGAGAAACUCGUGAACGGCAGUGGUGGACAUGUACACACCUAUGAGGCUAAGACUUCUACCUAUGAAAAACUGACAAAUCAUCCGCAUUUAUGAGCACCCUUGCAUUUAAAACCUUGAUGACAACUGAAACUAUUUAGUCUAGUAAUAUUUUUAUCUCAACUCUGGCAGCAUGUAUGACCACCAAUAAAUAAAAUAUAUAAAUAUAUUGAUAAUCAUUCUGUUUCUUAGCCUUCGCCCUUUCAAGAACUACUAUGAUGCCUAUCAAAUGUUUUAUUUGUCUUCUUCCAGGAAAUGUCAAAUCUUAUGAAUAAUUUAGGAAAAAGCAGGUAUAACCUGUCGGCUUUCGUACACCCUCUGUUACGCAAGGUGCUUAUCUGCUCUCUUUUGAAUGUCUGUGUGACAUAAUGGACAAUGGAUGUGAAUGACGCGGCUGUUUUGCAUUGACUAGUUAAAGCGUUUAGGUCAUAUCAGGUGUAGUGAUGGAUUCCUAACUAAACGCCAAAGCUUGUUUGUUUCUAUUGAACUGACCACAGUUAGUAAAGGACGGCCUGGUUUGUUUCACCCUCCCUGUGUAUUAAAGUUAAACAUUUCUCCUUUGUUGUUAAGCAGUUUGUGUUGGUUGUGACUGAGUGUGUUAGAGAAAUGACACCAGUCAGCUUUUUUACUUAGACUCAGAAGAUGAACUUAUUUGAUAACACUCCCAUCUCUAGUCUUAUCUGUUUUUUAAACUGAUAUUGCUUUAGUUAUCAUCUGUUCAGCUGUGGCCUUUCAGGAUUUGUGUUCAUAAUAGGCUUGUAUAAUAAACAUUCGGAUGAAUAAUUCUUCAUGGGUGAGGGUUUGAAAAUAUUUUUAUUUUGUUAUUGGAGCACUUGACAGCCCCAUUGUUAAUGUUUGUUUGGGGAGGAGUAACAAGGGUUUGAGAGGCUUUAUAUACAUAAAUGUGUGGUUGCUUCUCCCUUGAAUUUAUGACACUAAUUUGUGCUUUUCCUUAAAUCAUCUGAUUUUUGUUUGAUACUGAUUUUAGCUUGCAUAUCUGAUACUCAUGUAAUAAAGUCUAUUUGCUCAUAA